UAUGCCAGCGUCCUCUCAGCCUGAUUGGCUCCCUAGCUCAAUUCUGCUGGGAGUCGCAUCCUACCUGGUUGGGAGGUGCACUGCCUUUCCACACUCUCCCUUCUUAUACUCAGCCAGCUGCUGCUGAAGUGGGAGGAAAAGUCCUGGCUGGGAGAAUUGAGCUAGUGCAGCACACACAGAAAAAGCGAUUCCGAUGGGUCCUUUGAAAGCUUUUCUCUUCUCCCCUUUUCUUCUGCGGAGUCAAAGUAGAGGGGUGAGGCUGAUGUUCUUGUUACUGACCCUGCAUUUGGGAAACUGUGUUGAUAAGGCAGAAGAUGAAGAUGAUGAGGAUUUAACAAUGAACAAAACCUGGGUCUUGGCUCCAAAAAUUCAUGAAGGAGAUAUCACACAAAUUCUGAAUUCAUUGCUUCAGGGCUAUGACAAUAAACUUCGUCCAGAUAUAGGAGUGAGGCCCACAGUAAUUGAAACUGAUGUUUAUGUAAAUAGCAUUGGACCAGUUGAUCCAAUUAAUAUGGAAUACACAAUAGAUAUAAUUUUUGCCCAAACCUGGUUUGACAGUCGUUUAAAAUUCAAUAGUACCAUGAAAGUGCUUAUGCUUAACAGUAAUAUGGUUGGAAAAAUUUGGAUUCCUGACACAUUCUUCCGAAACUCAAGAAAAUCUGAUGCUCACUGGAUAACAACUCCUAAUCGUCUGCUUCGAAUUUGGAAUGAUGGACGAGUUCUAUAUACUCUGAGACUGACAAUUAAUGCAGAAUGUUAUCUUCAGCUUCAUAACUUUCCUAUGGAUGAACAUUCCUGUCCACUGGAAUUUUCAAGCUAUGGAUACCCUAAAAAUGAAAUUGAAUAUAAGUGGAAAAAGCCCUCUGUAGAAGUGGCUGAUCCUAAAUACUGGAGAUUAUAUCAGUUUGCCUUUGUAGGGUUACGGAACUCAACUGAAAUCUCUCACACAAUCUCUGGGGAUUAUGUUAUCAUGACAAUUUUUUUUGACCUGAGCAGAAGAAUGGGAUAUUUCACUAUUCAGACCUACAUUCCAUGCAUUCUGACAGUUGUUCUUUCUUGGGUGUCGUUUUGGAUCAAUAAAGAUGCAGUGCCUGCAAGAACAUCAUUGGGUAUCACUACAGUUCUGACUAUGACAACGCUGAGUACAAUUGCCAGAAAGUCUUUACCUAAGGUUUCUUAUGUGACUGCGAUGGAUCUCUUUGUUUCUGUUUGUUUCAUUUUUGUUUUUGCAGCCUUGAUGGAAUAUGGAACCUUACAUUACUUUACCAGCAACAAAAGAGGAAAGACUGCUACUAAAGACCGAAAGCCAAAAAAUAAAGCCUCGAUGUCUCCUGGUCUCCACCCUGGAUCUACUCUGAUUCCAAUGAAUAAUGUUUCUGUGCCGCAAGAUGAUGAUUAUGGAUACCAGUGUUUGGAGGGAAAAGAUUGUGCCAGCUUCUUCUGUUGCUUUGAAGACUGCAGAACAGGAUCUUGGAGGGAAGGAAGGAUACAUAUACGCAUUGCCAAAAUUGACUCUUAUUCGAGAAUAUUUUUCCCAACAGCUUUUGCCCUGUUCAACUUGGUUUAUUGGGUUGGCUAUCUUUACUUAUAAAAUCUACCAUGAGCAAAAAUCAAAAGAAGUCUGACUAAAUUCAGUAGAAUCUUUUGCACUUCAGUAACUUGAAGUUUAAAUUUAAAAUGCAGAGAAACCAAUGGUUAAAAUACGAGUAGUAUUGUAACUAUUUUAAGGCCUGCAAAAGUAAAUAACAUAGCAGCUUUUAAAAACUGAUUAGUUGCAAAAUCCAGUGGGUUAAAAUACUCACAUAUUUUUACUUAAAUUUUCUUUAAUUUACUUAUAUGUUAGCAUAAUUUUGAAUUUUUAAGUUCUCUGAUUCAUGUUUUAAACUUGGAUUGAUUUUAAUACACAUUUUGUUUAAAUAUAAUCUAUAUUUUUUGUAAUUUGAGACUAAAGACUAAUAUUUAUGUAGAAACUUUUUGCCAAAAAAUAUUUUAAUUUUUUUUUCUUGCUUUUUGUUUGUAGGUCCUGCUUGAAAUACAGUUACUUAACAUAAAGCCAUAGUUUUCUUGGAUCCAUUUCCAAGAUACUGUAUUCCCAAGAAGAAACUGAUUUAUUUUUAACUUAUCAAUUACAGAAGACCUAUAAAGAGGUCAAUUUUUACCUGUCUUUUAAUCCAGUCCAUUUUCUAAUGCAAUAUUAAACAGAACUCCAGUUACAUUUACUUAGGUAAUUUGCAAACUUGGAAGGAAGCCACCAAAGUCAUUUUUUAAGACUGCAAGAUAAAAAAUCAGACAAAAUCUAACCAUUUUAUUCUCUGCUUCAUAGCAUUAAUAAUGUAUGAUGAAGUUAACAUUGAAAUAUUAAAAUCUACCAAUGCAAAUUAAAUGCAGAGAGAAAUUAUUAUUUUUCUUUGUUUUAUGAAUGUGUUACAGACCCUAAAAUAACAAAAUAUUGAGAAACAGUGCUUUUAUUUACUCAUGUCGUGAAAAAUUAUUACCUGGCAAACUGAGUUGCAGGUCGUAUUGAGGACAGAAUCUUAAAUAUGUGCUCUUAGCAUUGUUUUUAGACUAGUAAUAUUCAGAGAACAGUUACAGACCUGCAUUACAUAUUGCCUCUUCUGGCUCCAAAGUUCUGAACACUGUCAGUUUCAAAACACAUUAUAUAUUGUUAUAAUAUUCUUUUUUACUAGAAAAUUAGGGAAGCCUCAAAAUCAUGUUAAAGAGGGAGUUUUGUUGAGGCAUCUUUAAUGAACAUAAGUGUGAGAGCCCUCUAAAUUCUUAGAGUCUCACAGGAUGUAAAAUCUAUCAGUUAAUAGUUUUCAAAAUGUCUCUUUUGUUAAGAAGAGAUUUAAAUUUAGGCUUCGAUGGUUAUAAUCUUGUAAGUAGUUUGACAUAUCAAUUGUUUAUGAGAUUCAUCACAUAAAUUUCUGGGGAACUACCCAGAUUAGCUUGGAAAUAACCUUUAAAAAUUGUUUCUGUUGCCAAGACCAGUGAUCAUGAUGUAGAGUUUUAUGAUCACGGCCUAACUGACUUAAGGUUUGGAGGGGGCAGGUAAACUGUCACCUGUGCAAUUGACACUCUAGUUUUAAAUGUUAUAAUUUUGCCAUAUGGCUAGUGAAUCUCUGGCAUGGUUAUACAUAUGUAUUAGAAAUAUAUAGGUUUUCUUUAUUUUUAAUUAAUUAAUUUAUUGUUUACUUUGUGUUCCCUGCUAACUCUGAUUUUUUUCACUUGCUUAUAAACUUCUGAAAAAAUAAGCAUGAAUCAAAUGAUAAUGCCCAAUAUCCACUGACACUGCUUUUUUCUUGAAUGAAUAGCCAAAUUUAACUUCGGUCAUCUAUAUAUUCAUUUACACAUUAUUCAUACAUUCAUUGAAAUAACAUUGAGUUCUGAUGGAUGUUUUUAAAGUUACGCAUUCAUUUAAGGAUAAAUAAAAAAGUACUCAUAAAAAAUAAAAUAAUUCACUAAAAUAUUGUAUGGCUAUUUUCAUGUUUUAAACUGUAGCUUACUCAUUAUCAUGAGACAGUUUUGAUUUUGGGACUCUUUCAAGUGUAUCUGAGCAUGACUAUAUUUUAAAAUACUUAAAAGUGCUUGAUAUAAAUAGCAUUCCUUCUGAAACACAGUUCUAUGUAAAAGAAAAAACAAAUAGCUUUGCUUUUCUCAUUGGUGUUUCAUUAACUUGGCUUUAAAUGUUGACAAUAUUUACAAGUGGAAAUAAAAUUUAUAAAUAUAUGAAAGAUGUCUUUCCUUGUAUAUACCAUCAAGCAAUCACUUUCUUUUCAGAGCAAGUGGUACUUUGAACAGUUGUAUGUAAAUGUGCAAUCAGAAAGAAUGGUGUACAAAUCUUAUUUCUAAAAAUAAGAAUAAAAAGGUAAAAAUGCAUUUAGACUACUUUUUCAAGAAAUCAAAUACAGCUUUUUUUCAAAGCUGAUUUAGUCCAUUUCCUGUUACUCUAUUCCCAGUAUAAGUUUCAUCAUCUUGAGAAAUAAUUUUUAAAAAAUCUUCCCCUUUUUCUGGGAAGUUAUACCAUAAUUUAUUGAAUUAAUGGGAACUUGAAUUUCCUGGAUGCUUUAAAUGAUUUUAACACUAACAUAGACCCUAAAAGUGGAUAUAAAGAAUUGAGAAGCAUAACUGGAGCACAGGAGAUAGGAUCACUUGUAAAAAUGUUUGUUUAUGUAGACCUAUUCUCUGAAGAUGUUACCAGGAUCUAGAAAUUCUGAGAGGUGAAAAUGUGUUUGGCAUAAUUUUUUUCUCUUAGAUCUACAAUGACAGGGUCAUAUUUUAUUUUAUUUAUCUUUGAAUUCCGUGGACAAAAUUAGGCUCACUUGAAAUUAUUUUUUGUAAAGCCAAGUAAGUUCAUGGAAAAAAUGUAAAAAAUACAUAGAUUACUUGAGAAUUUAGUAGAGAUAGGGAAAAAUGUCCCAGUAAGUCUAACUAAAGUUUUGAUAUAUGUAGGAAUUAGCAAUUCAUUGGAGGCAUUUUAUUUUAAGCUGAAGAGAGAUUUCAUUAGUAAGUUUUAAAAAUUGAUCAACUUCAAAUUAAAGCGCAGUAGAUGUGUAUAAAUAUGAAGGCAAUCAUAAGGAUUAUUUUUUUAUUUGUGGUUCCAUAUUCUGGCAUUAAUAUAUCACCAUAAAAUAGACUGUUUUUGUCUCAAGAACAAUAAUAAAAUUGAAGUCUAUAUUCAUGCCAAUUCAGCAUCAAAAGAAUGGCUGACAGUUCUUUCACACCAAGGGCCCCAUAAUUAUAAAUGUGAAAUUGUAUUCCAGGUCAAAGUGUUGUGAAAAAUUCACAAAACGCUUUGAUUUUCCAAGAGAUGAGCUUUAGAUAAGAUGAUUUUAGUAGAUUAAAAUAAAUAACUGGUAUUGAAGUAAAUGUAUAACAGAUGAAUAGAUACAUAAAUAAAAUUUUCAAAGCUAUACCAGUGCCUAUUUUUACUCUAGCAAAAUUUCCUGUAACAAGAUACUACAUUGGAAAUUAUUUCACUGGUCUUAGCAUUGGGAAUGAAGUUAUCCAGUAGACACUUAAUGUUUUACUGCUUGUCUCACUAGAAACAUUUAUUUCUGACUUACCUAGUUUUCUUUAUAUCAUCAAAUUUAUUCAGCUUCUCAGUGCUAUACCAUAUGACAGCAACACAUACUUGAUAUUCCAUUUCUGUUGGCCAUUCUUUAUUGCUUUUUACUGCUAGGGAGGUCUUGCCAGGCUUCUAUACAGUUACAAAAGCCAUUACCAAGUAUUUGUAAAGGACUUUCCAAAUGGUGUUUUCAAACAUUAUUAACCAUUUUGCUCUAGUUGAUUUAAGAUCAGUUCUGACUUUUUGUGUUUGCAUUUUGGAAGUGAGGUAACCUUAUUCAAAUAUUUAUGCAGCACUUUCUAUGUACAAAGUACUGUUCUAAAUACAAAAGGAAAUAUAAAGAUGAAAUUUCAAGGAAAAUAUAAUGUAGUCAGAGAGAUGAGAUUAGUUAUACAAUUUAAGGGAGGGAGGAUAUCUCUAGGAAGGUUUUGUGGAGGAUAUGUGUUUAGGGAUGGAAGCUUGGGGAUGCAAUAGGUGAGAAGGACGGAGAUCACAAUUUCCAAUUGGGUAAACAGCUUGAGAAAAGAAACAGAAGCAUGAGCACAAAUUAGAAUUCCAAUUUCUUUGAAAGAUUCAUAUAGAGACAAUGAAAAGUUAGGUUAGACCAAUAAACUGAGAAGCAUGAAUGUGGAUAUCAGGAGGCUAGGUAAAAUUACGAAGUCAUAAAGAGUUCACAGAGUUCCUUAGUACAAAAGAGACAUUAUUAAAAUUUCUGCAGAAGUUUCUUCUUGUUGGUGUGUGAUGGUUUGGAGUAUAACAAGCCAGUUAAUAAUAUAGGUUUAUGGUGGAUAAUAUGAGGAUGAAAUCAGUACUCUUAUGACAGAAGUCUUCAGUGGAGAGAGGGAAAGAUAGCCCCAAAUAGAAAGAAAGACAUUAAGCUUUGACCAACAGACAACAUUACUGAGACACAUGGUGUGUUGGGUGGAAGGGAUCCUGUAAUAGAUACUUGUUUGCAUGUAGAUGGGCACAAAGACACUACAAGAAAAUUCUAGAUGUUAUGCAAUCUUGUUUCCUGUUCCAUUUUUAUCAAAUGCUUAUUUUUUUAUUGAUUUAUUUUUCACACAUAAAGGAUGAAGAAAAAAUAAUCUGAAAUGUAAAUCAUAAAGUGAUCUGUCCAGGUUCUUAUUUUUUUUAAUGUUCCUCACUAAACGGGUUUUCUAUUCAAAUAAACUUUUCCAGUUUUCUCCCUGGAAAAUAUUAUAUACAUAUAUAUAUUUGAACAAAGAGCAUAAGAAAUGACAAUUUUGGGUAGAAAUAGUCUACUGUGUGAAGAGAAAAAUCGAGAAAGCUAAUUUCUGAUCCUCAAACAAUUUCUGAAAUAUUUCUGUCAGAAUAAAUAAAAUAACUGUUAUUGCUGGAAGCUGAAACAUACUUGGACCCUUUGAGUGUCUGAUGGUAAAAGCUGUGGUAACUGAAAUGCAUUUAAGCAAAAAGGGCUAAUUAGUGGACUUUUAAGACAUUAUUUACCUAAAUGGAAAUAGUUUGGUUUUCAAUCCUUCAUUGUAAUAACACUUAUUUGCAACCAUUGAGUGUAUAUAGUCAUUUCCUAUAAUAAAGUUUUAUGGCUUGUGAUUA